AUGAUUCGCAUCCUCUCGCAGCUCGCCGUGGAGCGCAACUGGUGGAGCUUCAGCGUCAACCCGACGCCCAUGGGCAAGCAGUUCAUUGUCCAGCCCCAGUCCCAGUGGGAGAGGGACAGGGAGCGGCAGCAGGCCAAGGAGGGCAGUGCCCCACCGCAGCCUGCACACCCACAGCACCAACAGAUGCAGCAACCCCAGCCCAACGAGUCGCCCGAGGGGUGGACCAGGGUUGGGAAGGGCGGCAUGCCGGACAGGUUCACCAUUAGGAACCCUGGCCGCAAGCCGCCGGGCAAGGCGGUCAAGCGCAAGCCUGACCGCCAGCCCGCACCCAAGGGAGGUGGACCCCCACCCCCCUCUCCCAAGGUGAACAAGAACAGGCUGAGCGCGCUGGGCGCUGGCCCUUCUGGCACCAGCGGGAGCCACGAGCGCGCACCGCCGCGCUCCCCCUCCCCCUCCUCGCCGCCUGCCAAAUCACCGCGGCCGUCUGUGCCUGCUUCCGAGUAUGACUCCGAGUUCGACUUUUCCGACGCUGAGGCGCAGGAUAGGACGGCAGGGGUCGUACACGACGCAGUUCAGCAGGCUGUGAUGCAAUACGGCUAUGACGACGAGAUCUUCCAGGCGUGGAGGGACGGCGAGAUACGGCGAAAGGACUUGCCGGAGGAGGUGGUGGCUAUGGCUUUGGACCUUUGCGAGAGGUGGCGAGCGGAGCAAGAGCGUUUUUUGGCUAGUGCCAUUUCACUCUGA